AUGAGCCAGGUGAGUAAGGCCUUGAAGGCUGUUGAGGAUAAUGUUACUGAGGCGUUGCAGGCUGUUGUUAACAUGGACAAAAGUCUGAAGGGGGAUUUGUUUAACGUGAAGAAGAAAAUUAAGGAAGGGAUAGAGAGUGUGCUCGGACCUUCAGGGCUUAAUGUGUUGACGUUGGAUCAGAAAGUGCAGACGGAUUUGGUGGCGUUGAAGGUGAAGAUUGAGGAUGUUACUAAAGAUGAUCCUACUACUAUUAGCCUUAUUCAGAGUCAGUUGAAGGAUCUUGGGACGGCGAAAAGUGAGCUUGAAAAUAAGCUCACAGGGCCCGAUCCCAAUUCAAUUAAAACACUGACGGAUGGGCGUGAGACCAACUUUAAGAAUCAGAUCAAAACUCCGCUUAACGCUAAAGUCAGUGCAGUUGACUCGGCGAUUGAGACGCUUGGCGGGAAGUUUAACAGCAACGGUGCACUUAAGACUUUUGAUGAGAUUUUCAAGCAUAUUAAAGAAAAGGUUGCGGAGAUUAUUAAUGGUGAUAAAGGCGAUAAAGGUUUAAAUGGGAUUGCGAAGGCGGUGCAGCAGUACGCCACGGACGUUUACAAAAAUAUGCGAGAGAGCACAAUCAAUGACUGGCUUCCUAAAAUUUUGGGAGACAAGGAUAAGCCGGUGAAGGACCCAAUUAAGGGGUGGCUUGAGAAGUGUGUAGGGAACCCAAGGCAUUCAAAUGGUUCGCCUACCACUGAGGAUGAAUUGCGUAAAGGUAUUAAACAUCAGAUUAAGGAUAAGCUUGAGAAGAAGGUUUAUGAUCAGGUUAAAGAGAAGCACAAUGUCCAAGCAAAGGGCCAAGUUGCAGAGGAUUUGGGAGGCCUCAAGACAUUUCUGGAGGAAUAUGCCAAUACGCUUGAUGAUCAACUUAAGCCCGCGAGUGACAGCAGUGAUGCAAAUCCGUUCGUCUCUGGAAUAGUCGGGCAGGUUGGGGAUCCACCCAGCCAAAAUCCAAACAACCAACAUCUCACAUUCAUCGUUGAAGCGAUCUUUGUCGCCGUUGCCGCCAAAGCGAGGCGGGCCGGUGAGGAGAUUGGCACACUACUUCUCGACGCCGGCAGGGUGGGCACCAACGGCAACAAAACAAGCAUCGCAAAGGCGUUGGAUGAUGCGCUAAAGGUAGCUGCAGAGCUUGACGGUCAGCUUAACAACGCGACUACCACUCCCCGCGUCCAACCCGAAAGCCCCGCCAAAGCCGUGGACACUAAGUUGAAAGAGGUGAAGGAUGAGGUUGGUGGACAAAAUGACGAUGAUAAUAGUAUUACCAGCAGGUUUAAGAAAGAUGUCAAAAAGUCAAUUGAUGAUGCAGUCAAAGAACUUCCUGAAGCGGUUAAAAUGUUUGACGCUGAAGCUGAGCAUGUUGCCGAUAAUGCACAAUAA